GGGACAUGGUGUGCUCAUUUGUGAUCUGAGCAUCCAGCUGGAUUAAUCUUGUGAGGUAACUGGAGUUUAGGACUCGGGAACUCACUCUAGGACAUGAUGCCCAUCAAACCAAUCGGAUGGAUAUGUGGGCAGGUGAUCAAAAGAUUUUCUGGACAAGUUUACCUAAUCCAGAGAGCAGUUGUGGAAAUUAUAGAUGAGAUUAAGGAUGAAUUUCCAACCAUAAUUGGAAUGCAGCAGCCAAACCAGGAAAUUGUUCCCGUUCUACAAGCAUCCAGAUCAGUUGUGGCAAGUGCAUUCUCUUCAUCUCCUGGAGUAAGAGUUAUUAAUGGGCUAAACAGAAUAUCAACAUCUUCAAAAUCUGUUGCCAAAGUCUUGCAGCCAAAACUUGUACAAAAUUUUGCAGAGUUAAAUACUCUGUCUCAUCGUCUUCUGAAAAAUGUAAACAUACCAAAGCAGCCUCUCUAUAAAAAUCAGGGUAGAACAUUUUCCCUGUUUGAUGUGAUCUCCUAUCCAGCAAAGACUGCUCUCACCAGCAUAAUGUGUGCUUCCUACGCAGCACUAAUUUAUGUGGCAGUCUCUAUUAACACAGUACUAGGGAAAAUAAAAUACAUUGUUCAAGAAGAAAAGACCUCAAGAGAAAACGCUGAGAAUGAGGACGAAAAAGAUGUAUUCUCCAAAUAUGAAGAUUUAGCAAGUUACGCUGUACCCUCUCCAGAGAAGCAAGUAUUUUCUAAAUUUCCUGUUGAAGAUUCAACUAAGAGCACCAUUCACAUCCUACAUUCUGCACUGGAUCAAGAUACAGUACUUAGUAGUGGAACUGAAGCUCAAACAGGCUUGUGA